CAAACUCGUUGUGAAAUCUCGGCCGAAAUACUUAUUUUGUGCAUUUCUAAAUUUUAAGUGACGGUUAUUAGAGACAAAAGAAGAAUUCAAUAAAAUGUCGUACAAUAACAGCGGCAUAGAUUUCGAUUACUUACUCACAAAAGAUUUUCUGCUAUUUCUCGACCUAUGUCGCGAUCCAAAUCAGGUCUUCACGCCAAACUCCGACGAAAGUUGCCUGGCGCAACUGUGGCUGGACAAGUUGUGUCGUUACGAUUGCGCCGAUUUGGAUGAGCGACGUUUGCGCAACAUCUACAUGAGCUAUCUGUGCUGUUGCCUCAUUGAGGGCGUAUUGAAGGGACCCUUUUCAGAUCAACCGCGCGACGGUCGUCUACAAAUGGUGAAUUUUAAUGCAGUCAAAAAGCAACCGCUCUCCUGCCCGGUAGUGUGUCCAGCCCGAACUACUUAUAAGGGGUGUGAGGAUCCCAAAUCAAAACGUUUCUCAGACAAUUGUGAACAACAAUUGGGCAGCUGUUACAGCAGUGACAAUGUCGGCAACAGUGUGGCCGCUGGCAGCAGCGUGGAGAGCAGUGUACAUCGUGAAAUUAUGCGUUGCAGCACACCCGAGGUACGCUUCAGCACGGACAUACAAUGUGAACCGAGUGCGAAUGGCAUAAAGCGGCGCUCUUCGGGCAAUGUCUUCAGCAAUUAUAUGGUGCGUGAGAUUAUAACACCGAGCGCCUACAAUACACUCUCAUCGGAGUGUAGUAUGCCAUGUGACUGUUGUCAGGAGUACGAUGCAUUUGCGAAUAUGAAGGACACGUUUCGUCGGGAUGUCAUCGUACUGUUGAAGGCGAUUGAGGCAGAGCUGAGCGGCUAUGUCGGCAGCGGUUGCAAUAAGUAUUUGGAAAGUGAGCUAUUGCGUUAUAAGAGUUUCAUAAUGAAUUUCUCGCAUAUCGCACGCGUUCUAAACAAAUUGAAAUCGCAGUCGGCAUUGCGCUCGUUCUUGCUCUUGAGUUUACAAGAUGAUUUGAUCAAGUUAAUCAAUGAACCGCUUUGA